AUGGUUAUUACUAAAGAGUCUAAUGUGGAUGUUCUUAUUAUUGGAGCAGGUCCUGCAGGGUACAUGCUAGCCAACUGGCUUGCAAGAACUGGCGUCACCAAUGUCCGGAUUAUCGACAAAAGGUCGACCGAGAUUUUCACAGGUCAGGCAGACGGUCUUCAAUGUCGUACUCUGGAGAUCUUCCAAUCGUUUGGAUUCGCGGACCGUGCUUUGAAGGAGGCUAAUCACAUGUUGGAGAUUUGUUUCUGGGAACCUGAUAAGGACGGGGUUAUCCAUCGUUCGGGAAGAAUGCCAGACACCAUUAUUGGAAUUUCGCGGUUCCAGCAAAUGGUGAUUCAUCAAGGUCGUAUUGAAGCGUGGUUUACUGAUGCUAUAAAGAAGUGGAGUAGUGGUAAACUCGCGGUCGAGCGUCCAGUGCUUCCAGAGACUUUGGCUAUUGACGAGUCUAAAGUAGAUGAUCCCGAAGCGUAUCCAGUUAGUGUUAAUCUCCGUCAUCUGAAAAAGGAUAACGCCCUUCCGGAGCAAUUUGGAUCGAAGAUUUCCAACGGUCUUUUCCGGGCUUAUGACGAUGCUGGAGAUUAUAAAGGAGAUGCUAAUGACGAGCUUGAGACAGUUCAUGCCAAGUACGUUGUUGGUACCGACGGAGCGCAUUCUUGGACGAGACGACAAAUUGGUAUUGAGUUGGAGGGAGAAGCGACUGAUUAUAUCUGGGGAGUGUUGGAUGCAGUCCCAAUUACCAAUUUCCCGGAUAUCAGACUCAGAUGCAGUAUCCAUUCACAGGAUUCUGGAAGUAUCAUGAUCAUUCCCAGAGAGAACGGGCUAGUGCGAUUGUAUUGUCAAUUGAAAGAAGCGCCACGAGACGAAGGCGAUGGAAGCGCUACAGCUCGUCGAAUGGACCGAUCCAAGAUCACGCCUGAAUUCAUUCUCAACACCGCCAAGAAGAUCUUUGCUCCGUAUACUCUGGAAGUCACCGAUAUCAAGUGGUAUACAGGAUAUCAAAUUGGCCAGCGAGUAGCCAAGCAGUUCCAGAAGUCCAACCGAGUAUUUGUCGGAGGAGAUGCUACACAUACCCACUCCCCCAAAGCCGGUCAGGGAAUGAACACUUCCAUGUGCGACACUUUCAACCUGGGAUGGAAACUGGCCCAUGUAAUUAAAGGACUUGCCGACCCCAGUAUUCUGACUACUUACGAACAAGAACGACGACAAGUGGCUCGAGACCUGAUUAAUUUUGACUAUAAAUUCUCGCGGUUGUUUUCCGGUAAACCCAAGUCCAAAGACUCUGACGAGGGUGUCUCACUUGAAGAGUUUAAGAAGUUCUUUGAAAAGGGCAAUGAGUUUGCAUCUGGAACAAUUGUCGACUACGACGGGUCGAUGCUCAUCAACAAACCCAAGGGCGUUUCAGCCUCGAACUCUGGCCAUGAGGAGUUGUACCUGAAUCCACUUGCCAAAGGAUGUCCAAUUGGCAGACGAUUCGACCAAGCGCAAGUUGUGAUGCAAUCCGACUGUCGACCGUACUACCUGAACGACAUGAUGUUAUCAGACGGCCGUUGGCGAGUAGUAUACUUUGCCGGCGAUAUCAAGCGACAGACGAAACUCUACGACUUUAUGCUGAAAUUCGGUAAUUACCUAGACGGCAAAGAUACAUUUGUGAAGCGAUACACGCCAGCUACCGCGCAACUCGACUCUGUAAUCGAAAUUCUUCUCGUCCACGCCAGCGAACGAGUUUCCGUCGAAUGGGACGAGUUCCCGACCGCGUUCCGGAUCCGCGACCACAAAGAACGAAUGAAUUACUGGAAGAUAUUCGCCGACGACGACUCUUACCACGAAGGUCACGGCCAUGCCUAUAACAACUACGGAGUCGACCCCCUCUUCGGAGCAUUUGUCGUCGUACGACCCGACGGCCACGUUGCCGAUGUCCAAGAACUCACCACUCAAGGAAUCGACAACAUCGACAAAUUCUUCUCAGCAUUCAUGCUCCCCCAAACACCCUCCUGGACCUCUCACGGCGGAUACAUCCCCAGCACCGAGCCCGAGCCGGAAUGGUACGGGGAACAGGACUACGGCAAACCUCUCCUUGCCGUCUAA